AUGUAUAGAGACAUUCCAUUUCAGAAAAUAUUUCUUCUGUUAUCACUUCAGUCUUCCGUGAAAGAUGCUAUGGACCCAUUACCUGAUAUCAAUUUUGAAGAAUUGUUGUCAAUACAAAGUUACAGUAUUCGUUUGACUAAUUUAAAAUACGGUACAAGGCUUGGUAAUGGAUCAGUAAACAAUGUACUUAACAUUCAACAUCCAAACAAACGUGAAACGAUCGAUGAAUAUGAGAAUUGCACAACUGAACUUUAUAAAUUUAAUCAAAACAGUAUACUUAGUGAAGAUAUAAUCAAAACAAUAGAAAUGGAAGAACGAGAUUUCGGUGUGCAACACAGUUUUAUACACUAUUUUAUUUAA